CCCGGAAGUAAUGACAUAAACACGCAAGCGCAUACAUACACACACGUGUAAAGACGAUUGGCCUUCAAUGUUGUUCUUGUGACUGGCUUCAGAAGCAGUUUUCUCACAAUGGAUGAGCCAAAGCCCUCACCAGUUCCAGGCCAGCCUGGGGAGAAGAGAGGCUGUCCCGAGGAUGAGGAAGAAUGCAUUCUAGCUAAGAGAAAAAAAGUUGAGGAUGAACACGAGAAUGGCGCUCCUCUUCCUCCUCAGCAGCAGCAGCAAGAUGACGAGGACGAGCCAGAGCCAGAGGGAGAGCCGAGCGAUGGUGAGGAGGAGGGAGAGACGUUUGCUGACAUGAUGAAGCACGGCCUCACUGAGGUGGAUGUGGGUAUCUGCAAGUAUGUCAGCGACCACGAGGGUUUCUCAGGAAUCCUGAAGGAGAGGUACUCUGAUUUUGUGGUGAAUGAAAUCAGCAAAGAAGGCAAGAUAGUUCAUUUAGAUGACCUCACUAUUCCUAAAGAGCUUCAGGAGGAAGCAGCAGCCGCAGAAGAAAAGCAGCCGACUGACUGCAACAUCCUGACCGAGGAGCAGAAAAAGCAGCUCGAGGAUCUUCAGCUUUUCAAGAACAAGGAGAGCUCCGUCUCCAUCGAGGGGGACGAUUCAAAGGACAAGCGGACACAGGUCCACAAAGCCAUCAAAACUCAGUUUCCCGGCUUGGAGACCAAAACGGAGGAGAAAGACGGCCGCAAGUUCAUAGUGGCCUACCAUGCUGCUGGGAAGAAAGCUCUGGCAGAGGUGAAAACAUCUGCAGCCCCAAGGAAACACUUCUGGCCCAGAAACCGGGGCAGUUUCUGCCACUUUGUGCUCUACAAGGAGAACAAGGACACAAUGGACGCCAUCAAUGUGCUGUCAAAGUUCCUUAGGCUCAGGCCCAACAUGUUCUCAUACAUGGGCACCAAGGACAAGAGGGCCAUCACCGUGCAGGAGAUCGCUGUGCUCAAGAUCACAGCAGAGAGGCUGGCCCACCUCAACAAGUGCCUCAUGAACCUCAAGCUGGGCAAUUUCAGCUAUAAGAAUCACCCUCUGAAGCUGGGGGAGCUGCAGGGGAACCACUUCACUGUGGUCAUCAGGAACAUCUCAGGAAACGAUACCCAGGUCCAUGAGGCCGUGACGUCCCUCAAGCAGACGGGCUUCAUCAACUACUACGGCAUGCAGCGCUUCGGCACCACGGCGGUGCCUACGCAACAAGUGGGCAGGGCCAUCCUGAAAAAUGACUGGAACCAAGUGGUGGAUUUGAUUCUGAAGCCUCGACCCGGAGCGGAGAAAGAAUUCCUGGUCCGCUGCAGGGAGGAGUGGGCCAAGACUCAGGACCCAGAGGCAGCCCUGAAGAAGCUGCCCAACAAGCGCUGCGUGGAGGGUCAGCUGCUGCGAGGCCUCUCCAAGUUUGGCAAAAAGAACAUCGUCACUGCGUUUGGACUGAUCCCGCGGAACAACCGGCUAAUGUACAUCCACAGCUACCAGAGCGUGGUGUGGAACACCAUGGUGAGCCGCAGGAUCGAGGCCUUUGGACUCAAAGCUGUGGAGGGUGACCUGGUGCUUCAAGGAACUAAAGCACACAUCCUGUCAGAGGAGGAGGCCAAGAGUCACUCCAUCCAUGAUAUUGUGAUGCCGCUGCCUGGGUACGACGUCAUCUACCCGUCGCAUCACGUGGGCAAAGGCUACAGAGAGAUGCUGAGCUCAGACGGGCUGGACAUCGACAGCAUGCGACAUAAAGUGAAGGACUACUCCCUGGCGGGAGCCUACAGACGUGUCCUCAUCAGGCCCAGUGAUGUCAGCUGGGAGGUGAUCCAGUAUGACGACCCAAAGAUCUCUCUGGUGCACACCGACUUUGAGAAAAUGGAGAAGAAACCAGCUCCGGUCUUCAACAAAGAGGGGAAGUACCGAGCACUGCGCCUGGAGUUCUCUCUGCCUCCCUCGUCGUACGCCACCAUGGCCAUCCGAGAGGUGCUCAAGUUGGACACGAGCAUCAAGAAACAGACACAGCUCAACACCACCUGGCUGAACUGACGACAGAGCGUCUUUUUACGCUUAGUCUAGUGAGAUCCAGUUGUUACAAAGUAAGGGUUCAUCAGUCAAAACAUGAGAUCAGCGUGGGCGAUUGUUUGUACUGUGACAUAUUUUCUUUUAACAAAUUUAUCAGUGUCAUUUUUUAACAACUUUUAACUAAUGUCAGUGCAGAAAUUGAUAACUUGUAUUUUUGACCUGCUUUGCUGUUAUUUGAGACUUUUUCUUUCAUUUCAUAACAUUCAGCUGAAUGUAAGUAUUGGGUUCUCAUUUAGACAAAUUAAAACCAUGGACAAGUUUA